AUGGAGAAGUAUAUUAAAAAAAGUAGCAAAUACCUCAGGGCGGGAAUUCUCCCAAACAAAGCAACGAAAGUGAAGAAGGACAGCGCAAGCACUGCGAGCCCUAAAUUGCGGAAGGCUCCCAUGGUUUGUGUCCCAACUCCUCAGGGGCAAGCAACAUCGAGAGGAGUUAACGAAAAUCAAACGGCGGCCAGCAACAGCAAUUCAUUCCAGAUAACUACUGCAACGGUUGGGGUCUGGGCCUUCAAAGGCCCAUUUGGAGGCCUGAUUAAACCGUUGUCUGGACCCGAAAACAGACAGAUGCAAUCAAUGAAUGAAUGGGCAAUCGAUCCAUGGGGCAGUCUGGCUGAUUAUGGGCUUGAGUUCCCAAGCGGCGAUGGAUUCUUGGCUCGGAGUAACUUUCCAUGUUUGGACCGGAUCUGA